AUGUCUAACAGACGUGGCAGGCAGCUGUGCAAAUUCUUCAACACACCUAGGGGAUGUCGUUUUCAAGACUGCAAGUUUCUCCACGAACGAGCCGGAAGUCCGACGCCUUCGUCGUCGCCAUCAACUCCGUUGCAUUCUCCCAGACCAUCAGGCAGGUCUGGCGGAAUUACAGCUGGCCGGGGGAACUGCGAGUUCUUCUGGACUUCGGGAGAAUGUCGACGAGGAUUUGAUUGUAUAUUCCGCCAUGUUCGCCAGCCGCAGACUCAGAAUGCUGCAGGGGUGCCUGUAGAGGCAACGUCUCCAGAAACCGACACCCUCGACUUCCUGACGACCGAAGGACUGGCUGGCAUUAACAACAUUUCUUUGGACAAGUUGCAUACGUUGAGCCCGACGGAGGCGCAUAACAUGCUCAAGGCAUUCAAUAGCCCGACAUUCCAGUUCACAGCCCCUGAUCAAGUCAUCAAGUUCGUCCAGAUUCUAGCUAGCGUUGAUCGCAGAAAUUCACAAUGGGAUACCGUUCGGGCCCAGUCAUUUCUUGAAAUGAUAGUCGAUUUGAAGCACCAUGUCCUCGCUCGCAUCCGCGAAGUCUUGCAAUACUCCCCCAUUGCCUGCCGUGCUGGUACAGGUUUCACGGUCCUUUCGUUUCAAAUUGGAUACUUCCCACUUCUUCAGUUCUUUGGCUCAGACCUCAUCCUCAAAACCAAUCUCCAUCAUAAUAUCCAUGCGUUGUACAGCGCCCUCGAUAGUGGCCUCGACCAUAUGCUCGACGUCGUUUCUUCAUGCAUGGAGCAAAUGAUCCAGAAUCGAUCUUGGAAGGAUCCUACACCAGCCCUCCCUGCCAUACGGCAAAGCAGCCUUUCGGGAGUGGUCGUUUUCGGCACGAUCACUACCCUGCUUACUCAAUAUUUCCAACGUUUCAAACAUGCUAUUAAUAAUCAUCCAGACAUCUUCGUAUUCGUUGGCAACCUUGUUCAGUGGUAUGGUGAAUGGGCGAGACUGAUCGCGACAUCUAGCUUUGAUGAUUCUAUUGACCCAACCGUUCAGCGGUUGACUUUAGAACAGAUCAAAGAGUCUAUCAGUAGACUUGACGCAAUAGUAAAGCGAGAGCACGCAAAUGCAGAGAGAAGACGAAGACCAGCGCAGCCACAAGGUCUGAGAGAAGAGCAUCGAUCUGAAGCAUUACAAGCUCAACUUAUUCAGACUUAUGACGGUCCCGGUGUCCUUCGUCUUCUUGGUCCUCGCCAUAGCAAUGAUCACCGUGACAUAGCCGACAUACAUAUCGUCCCUACCCAUGACGAAAUGAUUUCCUCCAGUCCUCCAUACAUUCCCGUCAACCGUCCGGACGCCCCGCAUCAUUUGGCUCCAAAUUCAAUGGAGCGGCAUCUGGACAUUCAGUUCCGUCUCUUGCGUGAAGAACUCGUUGCCCCCAUUCGCGCGUCUAUAUCUACGCUUCAGCUUGACUUCGAUGCUAUGCAGGCACGAGCUCCGAGACGUGAAGCGCAACCAAUUCAACUGGAAAACUUACUCAAGACAAGAGGAGGAAUGUAUCGGACCUCUGGAUAUAAUUCGACUAUGUUUCAUAUCUAUACGAAUGUCGAAUACUCUCCUCUUCAAGCGGAGCGACGUGGAUUCACAGUCGGUCUUGUUAUCGAUGCACCUCCUUCAGAACGUGCCCGGCACCCCGAUCCCAAAAUCAGAAAAGAGUACUGGGAGCGUGCUGGUUCACGACGCCUCAGCGCCGGAAGCUUCGUUGCUUUAGUCGUCGCACAUUCACGUCGUCUAAGGAUCUAUGUUGGCAGUGUUUCUUCAUCGACAGAUGACAUCAUCGAGUCGUCAAAGGUCCACGAGAGCCGCAUUGAAGUUCGCGUCAAAUUUUUUGAUCCCGACGUUGAACUUGGCGCCCUUCGACAGGAAAAGAUCACUAUUGAUCAGCAUCGGUUCGCGUUCUUGGUGGAUAACAACAUUAUGUUCGAAUCUAUCAGACCCUUUUUGGAGAAGUUGUGUUCCGUAGAACCUACUUCCAUUCCAUUUUCUAAUUACAUCUGUGGGGACACUCUGAGGGGAGUCGCGGUCGUGCCUCCGAAGUACACCCAAAACCCAUCUUUCCGAUAUAACCUAGAAUGUCUAUCGAAAGAUAGAAUUAGGGAGUAUGUCCAUCCGUUGAACGCAACCGACCCUUUAUCAAUCCGGAGAGCCCGACUACAGCUGAAGUCAUCAAGCAUUUUAGAUCCCAGUCAAUGUGACGCUGUGGUCGACGCUUUGACACAGGAAGUUGCUCUAAUUCAAGGACCUCCAGGUACCGGAAAGAGUUUUACCGGCAAAGAGUUGCUUCGGGUCUUAUUCGCCAGCAAGGUCAAACCUAUUGUGAUGAUCGCUUUCACAAAUCAUGCACUGGAUCAUAUGCUGCUAUCUCUCUUGGACGCAAAAAUCACAACGAAUCUUGUUAGGUUGGGAUCCCGGUCCUCGGACGAACGUAUCAAUGGGUAUACCUUAGACAAGUUAGAGAGGAUGAAGGAUGGAGCGUCUUCACCCCUGGAUCAGAUUGUGCGCAAGGAGCGGUUUGCCAUGGGCCGACUAGAAGACGAGAUGAGGACAAUCCUACAGCAUAUCCAAACACCUUCGCACACCUGGGAGACAGUAAUAACCUAUCUGCAAGAGACCUUCCCCGAUCAUCUUGCCUCAUUCGAAGAGCUUCGUGAGGAUAUCGAAGCAGAAGGGGAAUGGAAAACCGUGAACGCAAAGAAGAAAAGGCGCGAUGUCGAUAUCCCGAAUACCAUAUAUUCCUUUUGGAAAACUGGGCAGGAUAUCUCGUUCCUACAGCCCCCACAGCCUCCGCGGACUACCGCACGGUCAUCUCAAGGAAAGAAGGGAAAGCAGCAGCAGCAGAGGCAGGCGCAGGAACUUAUCAUUCCAGCGGAGCUCCAUCAGGCCUAUUUGAUACGCAUGAACAACUUCUUCGUGCCGUUGGGAUUCCCAGAGGGUAUGGUUCCACUUAUUCCAACGACUUCCAGACCAGUCGACGAGCUUCUGGUCACCGAUGCUAUCUGGAGCAUGUCUGUUGAAGAGCGACAAGCACUGUCCGCAUUCUGGGAGGCCGAAAUGAGAACCUUUGCGUAUAACAAGCACAGACAGGAUUACGAAGAACGGCGGGAAGAGUAUGAAGCCGCUUGUAAGCGGUUCAACGAUGCUAAGGACGAGAGUCGACGGCAAUUGCUAUCUCGGAUUGAUCUGAUUGGGUGCACCACCAAUGGCGCUGCCAAACUUACCUCACUCUUGACGACUAUUGCGCCCAAGGUUUUGAUAGUGGAAGAGGCAGGACAAGUCCUAGAGGCCCAUAUCUUAUCUUCUCUUGUGCCAUCUGGUGAUCCACAGCAACUUCGUCCUACCUUGGCAAAUUUCUCUCUCUCUAUGGAUAGUGCAAGAGGAAACGAAUUGUACAAAUUUGACCGUUCUUUGAUGGAACGACUGGCGGAUGGUGGGUUCACAAUGUCCCAGAUCAACGUUCAGCGGAGAAUGCGUCCAAGCAUUUCUCAUAACAUUCGAACAAUUUUGUAUCCUAACUUGGAGGAUCACGACCUCGUCAAGAAGUACCCUCCCAUUCAAGGGAUGGAACGCGACCUCUUCUUCUUUACCCACUCGAACCGGGAGAAAGCUGCAGAUGAAGGCUCGGCAUCUAAAGUCAAUAUGUUCGAAGUUAAAAUGAUUGUUGAUCUUGUUGUGUACUUUUUGAAGCAGGAGGCAUAUAGUUCACCUGGAGAUAUUGCUGUCCUUUGCGCGUAUCUAGGCCAGUUACGAGAGCUGAGAUCUGCCCUAGCAUCCCUCAAAGUUGCUGUUUCUGUUGAUGAACGCGAUCAGGAUCAGCUAGCCAGAGAGGGAAUGGACGAUGAAGCAUAUAUAGAACAAGUUACCGUGUCCAAGCAUGUUCGUCUAGGCACUGUUGACAUUUUCCAGGGCGAGGAAGCAAAAAUCGUUAUUGUUUCUCUUGUCAGAAACUCUGGAUCUUUCGAUAGCGAUGAGUCAAUUGGCUUCCUAAAGUCUCCCAAUCGAAUCAAUGUGGCACUAUCGCGUGCUCAGCAUGGACUAUAUAUCCUAGGAAAUGCUUCCAACCUUCGUCAAAAUCCGACCUGGAAGAUCAUCAUAGACGAAAUGGAUCAACGGGACCAGAUCGGGUUCGGCUUUCCUGUGGUUGCUGCUUGCCUUGUGAUUACCGUAUGGACUGCGGUCACAACUGUCCUUCAAUGUGCCAUCUUGAUCUCGACAAGCAUCGCAGUAUGCGGUGCGAUAUGCCAUGUCUCCGAACCCCAUGUCCUCGAACGCACCCAUGCCCUAAGAGAUGCUCGGAUGAGUGCGGUCCGUGUGAAUUUCCACUUUACAACGUUGCGCUACCAUGCGGCCAUGAAGCAUCAAUUCUAUGCCAUCAAAUGGAAAACCUAUCUUCAGUUUUCUGUCAUAAGGAAGCCACAAAACGGCUGUCACUUUGUGGACAUGAAGCAAUAUUGCACUGUUCCGACGAUCCUCGCAAGCACAAAUGCCUCAAGGCUUGCGGAGGAAAUAUGUGCACGUCUACCGUGCGAUGAACCAUGCCGUAGCGUUCUUCAAUGCGGCCAUAUCUGCCCUUCAGUAUGCGGCGAACCCUGCUUGCAACAGAAGUGCAUCGAAUGUCUCUUAGACGACGACAAGAUGGACAUCGUAGAUUUUAUCAUGCAACGAAGACUCAUUGACAUCCCUAUCGGGUCGGACGAUAUCAGCGACAGGAUCAUCACUUUGGAUUGUGGGCAUAUUUUCACAGUGGAGACGUUAGACGGUCAUUGUCAAAUGACUGACUAUUACGAGAUCGACGUAAUGGGGUCCUACACGGGAAUGAAAGCACCUCCUACCGAAUUUCAACGACCACCGAACUGUCCAACUUGUCGGGCACCCAUUACAGCUCGGCGCUAUGGAAGGGUCCUCAAGCGAGCGAAUCUCGAUAUCUUGGAACAGAAUGUGGCCAGUAUGAUGUCCCAACGUCUGGCCGAGAUUGUUCCUUCUAUUGAGACCCUCAGCAAUGGUUUGGAAGAACUAGUAGCCCAAGCUAAAAAACUUAAAGCCGCGCCGAAUUUUGAAUGUCACCCUGCUGAUAAGUUUGAGCGCCUAGUCGAAGAGAGGAAAAGUUUCAUGACGGGGAAAGCAGACGAAGUCUUGGACCAUGGUAUGCUCACUGCUAGGUCUAUGGUCACUCGCCAUGGUUUGUCGGAGUCCGAGGCCAGAUCAUGGAUGGGUAUUGUUGUGGAUCUUCACAGAGUUUACAAAAAGGUAACGGAUGUUACAAAGACUCGGUCCGCCCACGUCCGUGCCUACGAGUCAGCUCUUUCUACCCUUUAUCGCUUGGAACUUGCAAAUCUUGCUGCCGACCCACCAUCGGAUAUCCGGGUCCCUCCUGAACACAUUGCAAUGAGCAAUGUUGACCGGAAGAUUGGACAACCUCCUCACAAGGCUGAUCGUCGCUAUCAUCUCGAAGCAUUCAUAUUAUCCGUCGAGUUGAGGCUCAUGUUGGGAAGCGUUGCUCGUUCUCGGUUCGAGGCACUUCCAAUGACUUCCAACGAACCUGCAGCUCUUCAUCAUCGUAACGUCUGGUACUCGUUCACCUUGUUCAUCUAUCAGUCAUGCAUUGCCGACUGCCAAAAGGCUAUUACCAUCGCUCACGCAACUUCUUCAUCACGUUUGGCCGCUCGUUCUGCCAGCUUGAUGCUCUGUUCAGAGUUUGAGCAGUUCCGUUUUUCGAUGUUGGAGAAACGCAGGGACGUGUUCAAGGAAGGUGUAUUGGCGGAAGUUCGGGAUGGCUUGGUAGCGGAGAUUCAGGCUGACAAGAAGAAGUUGAAGAGCCGUUUGAGAGAGCUUGAACGAUCAUACAUCGCGAGCCGUCCGUCGAGUGAUCUCACCCAGAUCAGUGAAGAUCGUCGGUGGUUCAACGGGAAUUGUGGCGCCAAAAUUGAACGCUGCUUCACAGAAUACGAGAAAUUGGAAGAUCAUCUCUUAAAGGACACCGUCUAUCAACCAAUGUCUUUGCAAGAGAAAGAGGACAUAGUGAAGGCCUUCGGAUUUUCGCAUCGAGGACAUUUCUACAACUGCAUAAAUGGUCACACGUUCGUUAUCACAGAGUGCGGCGGAGCGAUGCAGGCUAGCCAAUGCCCCGAAUGUAGAGCGCCCAUAGGUGGUGGAAACCACAGACUUGACUCUUCCAAUACCCGUGCCCGAGAGUACGAAGAUAUCUCACAGCAGCAAGGUGGAGCAAGAAGCCCGUGGGCAUGGGCAGCCGGUGCUUGA